AUGGCUGACAAACAAGCACCAUCUAAUACAGAACUAGGCGAUUCGUUUGUGGUCGUAGACACUCCAGCUGAGGAUGUGGCUUUUGCUCCUGAGGAAUUCUGGUGCACUGGUUGCUCGGUUGCUGGCCUCGACGGCAAUAGCCUGGCACGCCACCUGGUUGAAUUGUGCGGCCGGGAGACGGUGACUCGACAGCCGGAUGCUCAAUUGGUAGCUGCUCGCAGGGCUGCGGAUGAGGCUGAAGCCGCCGCCUUAGCUGAAGCAGAAGCUUUGGCUGCUACUAGCAUCCAUGGCUUAGAGGCAGUGACAGUGGAUACUGGACACCUGGUACUUAGUCGCGAGGAGCAAGAGGCUAUGGUAUUAACUGGGCAGGAGCACCAUAUCCUCACGCAUGAGGCUCUUAUGGCCGCUGUUGAAGAGCAAGAGGGUCAGGCUGUACAUCCAGAACAUCAGGCAUGUUUUUCUUUCAUUAUUUAUCAUAAAAAUUAUUUAUCAUUUAAAUGA